UCAAAAUUUAAGCAAUUUGGUUCAUCAAUUUUCCUUUGCUAAAAUGGAGCAGCAUUGCUCGGAUCCUGAAUUGGAAGCGAACCUAACCCUAGCCAAGGAGUUAAGAAAACGGCUUCGUGACGAGAAAGAAUGUUUGUUACUUAAAAUAAGAUCGUUAAAGGAAGAAUUACACGUUGAAAAUUCAAAAAUAUUGGAACUGAGCGACAAGGGAAAAGUGGAUAGAUAUCACAAUUAUAAAAUUUACGGACUUGAAGAAUACCAUACAGAACUUUUGAAGCAUUUUCCUGAAACCAUUAUUUGCUGUCCUUGGAGGCGCGGCCUUCUUCUUCGGUGUCGGCAUCUUCUAUUUUGCUCGGUAGAAACCUACCGGAGAUGUGGACCCAAUGCAUUGGGUUCCGUGCGUUGCGUUAGGCCUCGCCCAGAAAUCAGAUCUGGGGAGCGUGUCUAACCAUGCAUCCGGUCCUAAUUCAUUAGGUUCCAUAUUUCUGGUAGGAUUCCUACCGUUUUUAGGGCGAUUUAUGUAGCUGGAAUCGGUCCGAUAUCUGGGCCUUGGCCAGGCACUGUUCCCACCUUUUUUCAUGGAAAGGCAUGCUCUUAAAUAGUAAAAAAAAUGAAGACCUAGAAGAAGAAUCCGACCCGGAUAUAGAAUUGGCUGAAAUCGUGAAAAAAAUAGAGGAAUUGAGUUCGCAACUGGGUCAUGGGAAGACUAAUUGGGCAACAGAGAAACAAUUUCUCAAAGAUCUCGAACCUCUACAAAGAAGGAGGGUGAUUCUCGAGCCCGAAGUUAAACAAGCUGAAGCUAAAAUCCCAAAACCACAACUUGUAAGACGUAGGAAUUUCGAGUAUUGGCAAACGUGGCGCCAUGGUUCUAAGUACGAAUUGAAACGCAAUAUUCGUAAAUGUUUGAAGGAAAUCAGAGUAAAACAUCCAGAUUUUUGGAAUGGAAAAAAACAAGCACAACGUAACCAAAGAAUCAGUCAAAUAGAGAAGGAACUUAAACCUCUCGAAAAGAGAUUCGACAUUUUGAAGCGAAAGGAAGAAGAGGCUUCUAAAUCAGUAAUAGAACUUCAAAUUCAAAAGAAGCAUGAGAUUGAUCUCAAACACAAAUAUUGCGAACUAAAACAGAAAUUCCAGGACUUUGAAACGGAGACAGAUUGGGUAUUACUUGAAGAAUUGUCUUCCAAAAAUUAAAGAUCAAUCGAGGAGUUCAUCUAAGUCUAAAUGGAAUCGCGAUGUCACAUUUAGAUCAAACUAUACCACAAGUAUUCGAUCCCUCGGAAGUCAUACUUACUUCUCCGUACUUGAUAAUUUGAGACCUUUGUUCAUUUCUUUAUAUGUACGUAAUACGCGUUUAAAUGUAAAUUCGUUGCUGAAUAAUGAAUGUUUGUACUAGUAUAUGUUAAUUAGUAUGGCGUCUAAUUUUUAUUGAAGUGUACUCCGUAUUUGAUUCAACAGUAAAUUACAAUGGUAGA